AUGGUAGGUCGGAAUACUGCCUACGCCGAAGAGAGCGCCGAGGUUGAGGUGUUGUACGCCAACCUCGAGAAGCUCAACCGCCUCACAAAGAAGAUCCAAGGGUCCAUGGUACGCCUAGAGACUGGCGGGAAAGUCGUCAAGGAAGCCAUUGGCCCUAUCUACAGCAACACCCAAUCCCUACAAAUUACAAACAGCAAUAUCGACAAGGUCAACGAUGCGAUCGAUCGCCUGCGUCAGCCCCUCGACGCGAAGAACCGAGAAGAUGGCAUCAUCCGCGCAGGACCGCAGAGCUCCGGCCUCACCCAGUAUUUGGCGGCAAUGAAACGUGUUGAAAAGGCGCUGGUCGACCUCAGCACGACAAACCUUCGAUCCAACCAGAAUGCGAUCUCCGACUUCAAUGCGCUCCUUAACACCGGUAGUGCAAAACUCCAAGAAAUGCUACGGCAGGAGUUGAGCCAGCACUCUACUACGAUCGAACCCCUACAUUACCUGACCAAAGACCUACCUUUCCCAUCCAUCCCCGAAGAAACUAUCUCUCACUUAGCGCCUCUUUGCGCAGCAGUCGGCUCCGCAUCUAUUUAUGGACCACAGCGCGGCAAGGGGGAGAACCCCGCGCUGAAGGUAUAUGCUGAGGCACGAGGACCCUAUAUCAAAAGCAGUCUGCAGAACCUGUCCAUUGCAUCUCUGAAUACUGUUAAACGUCGACCGACCGAUGGCCCCUACAAACAAGGUACCAAUGGUAUCGGUAUCUACUCCAAUGCGUUGGAGGGCUUCAUCACUACAGAGCACAAGAGUAUUACCGAGAUGUUUACCGGAGACCAACAAGGUUUGGCAUUGCAGGCUACCUUCCUCUCAGCCAUGAGCGAAUACUCGAAAACAUUGCGUGAACUCAAUGCCUACAUCAAGGCCAAUCUGAUGACAGAUUGCUUCCUGGCAUUUGAGAUUAUUGAAAUUGUGACGGCAAUGUCGUAUCGCAUUGACUCUAAAUCUGCGGAACUGAAGAGUCUUCUGAUCGAGGCCCUGCGACCUGUCCGCGAUACUGCGAAGUCGUCCCUCUCUGAAUUGCUCGAGGAAACGAAGCGCAAAGCUGCUACCACACCACUUCCUCCAGACGGCGGAUCUGUGCCACUUGUGGAAGAAGUGAUGAGUUCAUUGGCCACAUUGACUGGCUACUCGGGUCCAUUAGCGUCUAUCUUGACGUCCUUAGGAGAUGGAAAUUGGCGUACCAGAGCCAAUGCCGGGGGAAGCGCUCCUUUGGAUGUGGGUCCGGAUAGCGGUACUCUUCUCUCACAUUUCAUUCUGGACAUGAUCGAGUCCUUGAUGACCUCUCUAGAAGCUCGUGGUAGGGCAUUCCACCGAUCCAAGGCCGCACUUGGUGUAUUCUUGUCAAACGUUUUCUGCGUUGUCGACCGAUCAAUCCGACAGAAUCCAGAACUGGCACGUUACCUGGGUGCGCCCGACAGCAUCGCCAGGAUCGACACAUUCCGCAAGCGUGCAACAUCCACUUACCUCGAUGCAUGGAAGGAAACAUCCCAGUACCUCCUCGAUGUUCAGUACACAUCCCGCUCCGGAGCACGAGCCAGUUCUGGAGGUGCGACUGAUUCAAGUGCCAUUGUCAAGAGUUUGUCGUCCAAGGACAGAGAUGCGAUCAAGGAAAAGUUCAAAUCCUUCAAUGCAAGCUUUGACGACAUGAUUUCUCGGCACAAGAAUCUCCACAUGGAACGCGAGGUGCGCACUGUGCUGACUCGGGAGCUACAGACUGUUCUCGAGCCUCUGUAUGCGCGCUUUUACGAUCGUUAUGUCGAAAUCGACAAGGGUCGUGGCAAGUACAUCAAGUACGACAAGGCCAGCCUGUCAGUGCAGCUAGCACAGCUGUCUUGA